AGUAAGAAGUAGCUGAAAUCACUCCACAAAAGGAAGGAAACAGAGAACACAUAGGAAAAUGUCUUUUCUAAGGGGUUCCUUAAAUUAUGUUUGGUGUACCACCAGUGUUUUGGGCAAAGGUGCUACGGGUUCGGUUUUUCAGGGUGUCAAUAAAAUUACCGGAGAAUCGGUCGCCGUCAAAACAUUUAACCCUUACAGUCACAUGCGUCCUCCAGAUGUACAAAUGCGAGAAUUCGAAGCUUUAAAGAAAGUCAACCAUGAAAACAUUGUAAAACUUUUAGCAAUCGAAGAAGAUCAAGAGGGUCGCGGCAAAGUGAUUGUUAUGGAACUGUGUACCGGUGGUAGUUUAUUUAACAUUUUAGAUGAUCCCGAAAAUUCUUAUGGUUUGCCCGAGCAUGAAUUCUUAUUGGUUUUGGAACAUUUAUGUGCCGGCAUGAAACAUUUGCGUGAUAACAAAUUGGUCCACCGUGAUUUAAAGCCCGGAAAUAUUAUGAAAUUUAUUUCGGAAGAUGGUCAGACUAUAUACAAGCUAACGGAUUUUGGUGCCGCCCGUGAACUGGAAGAUAAUCAGCCAUUUGCUUCGCUUUAUGGUACUGAAGAGUAUCUACAUCCUGAUUUGUAUGAAAGGGCAGUUCUAAGGAAAUCCAUAAAUCGUUCCUUUACCGCCAAUGUUGACCUAUGGUCCAUAGGCGUUACUCUAUAUCAUGUGGCAACGGGAAAUUUACCCUUUCGUCCCUAUGGCGGUCGCAAGAAUCGAGAAACUAUGCAUCAAAUUACUACCAAAAAAGCUUCGGGUGUUAUAUCUGGUACCCAAACUUCGGAAAAUGGUCCCAUUGAAUGGUCAACCACUUUACCGCCACACUGUCAUUUGUCCGAGGGUCUAAAGACUUUAGUUACCCCCCUACUAGCCGGUCUUUUAGAAGAAAAUCGUGAAAAAACCUGGUCAUUUGAUAGAUUCUUUCAGGAAGUUACUUUGAUCUUACGCAAACGUGUUAUACAUGUAUUCUUUUCAAAUCGCACCAGUUCGGUGGAAAUCUUUUUGGAACCCGAAGAACAAAUCGAACAUUUUCGUGAACGUAUACUAAUGCAAACGAAAGUGCCUUUGGAGAAACAAAUAUUACUCUUUAAUAAUGAACAUUUAGAGAAGAGAAUUAAUAUGCAUACAACGGCCAAUUCUUUUCCCAAAACAACUACGGAAGAACCUAUAUUCUUAUAUAGCAAUGAUGAUAAUAAUGUUCAAUUACCACAACAACUUGAUUUGCCGAAAUUUCCUGUAUUUCCCAGUAAUGUUUCAGUUGAGAAUGAUGCUAGUCUAGCAAAGGCUGCUUGCAGUGUGGGUCAUGAAUGCAAAAGACGCGUAGAUACCUUUACCAAUAUUGAUAUUUUAAUAAAAAAGGCUGUACAACAGUUUAUUGAAACUUUAAUUACUACUAUCACUUUGUUAGUAAAAAAAACCAAACAUUUUGAUAAAUUACUAUCGACUGAAAUAGAUUAUGCGGAUGCAGUGCAAAGUAUGGCUAAAGUGACCAAAGGAGAUCAAGAAUUGAAACCCAUUUUACAGAAAUUGGAAAAUCUUAAAACAGAUUUUGAUGGUGCUGCCGAUGUUAUAAUGCAAUUACAUACAAACUUUGUGGUGGAAGAUCAAUUAAAUGAACAAUGGACUUCUUCUAUGCAUGGUAAAAAAUGUCCCUGUCGCACUAGAGCUAGUGCCCAAGCAAAAUAUUUAGUAGAGCGUUUACGUGAUUCCUGGCAACAUUUAUUAAGAGAUCGUGCUACACGUACUUUAACCUACAAUGAUGAACAGUUUCAUGCUUUGGAAAAAAUUAAGGUAGAUCGCAAUGGCAAACGCAUAAAAUCAUUGUUAAUGGAUGAUGUUAAGCCCUCGGUGGCUCAAAUGGCUGAAUGUUUAGCCGAUUGGUAUAAACUAGCUCAAACGGUCUAUUUAAAAAGUGAAAUCUUAGAAAAAGAUGUACGAGAAUGUGAACGCACCUUAAAUACUAUACGUGAUGAGUUAUAUCGUCUUAAAAUUGAUUUACAAAAAGAUAUGGAUGCCAAAUUAGUAAAUAAUAGUAAUCAGUUAUCGAAAAUUGAGCAAAAAAGUCGUCUUAUUUUUAUGCAACAACAGCAACAGGAAAUUUUAGCUAUAAUGAAACAAAAUCGUCAAUUGAUCUCAAUGUUACAAGAAUUGGGUAUACGUCUACCAACUGCUGCAAAUCCUUUGGAUUUUUGAAUAUGUAUUAUGUUUUAAAUAGUUAUUUGUUUUAAGUUUGAUAUUUUUUAUAUAUGAUUUCGUUUAUUUUUUUUAAUGGUUUACUUCUUUUAUAACUGAUAUAGUGUAUAUACAUACAAUUUCUAUAUAUUUAAUAAAUAGAUAAAAC